AUGGGCGACGUGGCUGGUGUUGCAAACACUGGUGCCAGAGAUUCCAGCAUCACAGCAGGACCGCCACCCCCCACCUCGUCCUCGGUCCCGCCCGCCUGCAGCGAACUAGGACCCUCCCCAGCCCCGCUCACCUGCUGGGGCCGCUGUCGCCACCGCCACCACUGCUUAAACCACAGCUGUCGCCCACACUUCCGGGGUCUACGAGGCCCGCCCCCUUCGCCGGAUGUGACACCCCUCCAACGUCCGGGCGCCCGGCGCGCGGCCUACACUAGUCGGCCCGCUACCACGACGAGUCCUCUGAAAAAGAUCAAACCCUUGAGAGAAAGCCUGUGGGAAAAAGACCUGCUGAAAGAGCUCCUGGAGGACCACCCCUACACUGUGAUCUACAAGUUCUUGGGUAGACAGAGCUUGUCCUACGAACCUCUGAGGAUCUACUUGGAUCGGGGAUACAUUGGCACCAUCAGCAUUGGAACGCCCCCUCAGGAGUUCCAAGUCAUCUUUGACACUGGCUACACUGACCUAUGGAUGCCCUCCAUCUACUGCCACAGCCCGGCCUGCGUCCACCACAAAGCCUUCAACCCUGUGGGGUCCUCCACUUUCCAGUUCCUGGACCAGCCUAUCUCCCUCACCUACGGCACAGGGAGCAUGAACGGAUUCCUCGCCAGCAACACCGUUAAGGUCGCAGGGCUUGUCAACGUGGCCCAAGAUUUUGGCCUGAGCAUCCAGGAGCCCGGCAAGUUCAUGGGCUCUGUGCCCUUCGACAGCAUCCUGGGACUGGCCUUCUCCACCCUCACCAUCGGAGGGACCACCGCUCUCUUUGACAACCUGUGGGAACAAGGCCUCAUCUCCUAGGGCGUGUCUGCCUUCUACUAGACCAGCAAAGAAGAGAAGGGCAGCGUGGUGAUGUUUGGUGGGGUGGACCCCGCCUACUACAAGGGGAAACUUAACUGGGUGCCUCACUACUGGCAGUUCACCAUAGACAGCAGCUCCACAAACGGAGUGGUUAUUGGCUGUAAUGAUAGCUGCCAGGUUUUGGACACUGGUACCUCCUCGGUGGCUGGACCACAUGAAGUUAUCUCCAACAUCCAGAAGAUCAUCAAUGCCAAGGCCGCCGGCAGCGAGUAUGUCAUCAACUGUGAAGUUGUUGACAAACUCCCUGACAUCAUCUUCACCAUCGAUGGCAUCGAAUACCCAGUGCCAGCCAAUGCCUACAUACGAAAGGAGCAUGCAGGUGUUUGCUACAGCAACUUCGAAGGGGCACCCCCAAAUUUAUCCCAGAGUAUCUGGAUUCUGGGGGAUGUCUUCCUGAGGCUGUAUUUCUCCAUCUUCGAUCGGAGAAACAACAGGAUUGGCUUGGCACCUGCAGUAUAA